UAGAUAGGUAGGUAGGUCAGGUAUAAUUAAAACGCCAUGGGCGCUUCCCGAGGAAGAUGAAAGCGGCUGGAUGAGUUGUUUGAGUGCCGUGUGCUAUGCUUCCGUGAGCCAGUCUACAUACCUACAUACCUAGGUUAGAUAGGACUUAAUUUACCUACACCUUACCUGCUCAAGACCAUCUACCUACACACUGCUCACACAGAGUAGAAUAUUCAAGAUGGCGCACGAACAAGCUCAAGGCGUAGCAACCCGUAGUCCCUCCUGCCCCUCGCACCGAUCCUCCUCCUCCUCCUCCUCUCGCCACAAAUCCACCACGCAACCGCAGCAACAACCGCAAGCCCAAGCACGCCCCAGAAGCACAAGCAUACCUCACCCUCAGCCACCCAAGUCCAAGCCAAGCCGAGCAAGCAGCCGCCUUUACGCGCCCAACCCACCAAAAAACCACCACCACCACCACCACCAAGAACAGCAACACCAGCAGUCGCGCGGGCGCCCGCUAGAAGCCGCCGCGAUCCUGGGCAACCCGCGCCUGCAGCAGAUAACGGGGCUGCACCCGCACAAGCUGGCGUGGCUGCAGGCGAUGCAGCCGCCGCGCGCCGAGCUGGAGCGGCUGCAGUGGGCGCUGAGCUUGCCGGAGCCGUAUCCGAAGAAGAGGCCCAGGGGGAACUUUCUGAGCGGCCCGGUUUAGGGGAAUGUUCGCGAAGGGCGGAGGCGGAAAAAAACACCGGGGAUGAAUUGAAGAAGAAGAAGAAAAAAAAAAAAAAAAAAAAAAAAAAAAGAGGAGAAAAUGGUGAAAGAUAAGAGUCCUAAGAAAUCACUGCUCGUAUAUUUAUCCAUGGUAUGUCUGCCUAGGUAU